AUGGCGCGCGAAACUCCAUGUUCAACGCCGCUCCAAUGCCUAAUCUUUCUGUUGAUGGCGACGCCGCUCCUAGCCGCUGCCGUCGUCUUAAUGGUCCUGUUCCUUCCUUACUCUCCAAACUUCCAAAUCGUUGCUCUUCAGACCUCCCCAAUCGUCCUCACGCCCUUUGUCUUUGACUGCACUCUCAUGUCUGCCACGUGGAAUCUUACUUUCGUCGCAAGAAACCCUAACAAAAGGCUAGAACUUCAUUACAAGGACGUCGACGUCGCCGUUUACUACCAGUGGCUCAGCCUCUCUUCUCAAAAGCUAGGGUUUUUCAAGCAGAGCGAAGAUAGUGAAGUUGUCGCGCAAGCUUCUGUUACUGCCUCCGCUGUCUUAAGUAACCAGAACGCGGCGGCAAUGGAGAAGGAGGGACGGGAGGAUCUCGCAGUUAAUUUUAUCGUCAAAUUUAGAGGUACUGUUAGGGUAUAUGUUGGGACCUCCCUGGGUGUAGACCAUGCACUUUCUAUUGACUGUGACGGCAUCAAGGUUGUUUUCUCACCCCAAAAUGGCACGGGUAGGAUGCUGGGCGCUACCAGAAGAUGCCACAGCAAUAAACUUAUAUUUUAG